GCUGCACCUGAUGGCUGGGCGGGUUCCCCUGGGCACAGACCGGGCAGCAGUGGCAGGUGAGAUGGAAACCACCUUCAUUGAGAAUCUCAGAUACGCUGCUGACCUCCUGGCCCAGGAAGACAUGAUCGGACUGGUGGAGCCUAUUAACAACCGCCUCACUGACCCUCGCUAUUUUCUGAACACCCCGCACCAAGCUGCUGCCAUCCUGGAGAAGGCGGGACGGCCCAACCUGAAGCUGCAGAUGGAUCUCUUUCACUGCCAGAUCAUGGAUGGCAAUUUGUCACACAACCUGGAGACGUACUUCCCACUCAUCGGUCAUAUCCAGAUUGCACAGGUGCCAGGGCGGCAUGAGCCAAACAGCCCUGGGGAGUUGAACUUCCCCUACAUCUUCAAGCUUCUGGAGUCCCUUGGCUACACUGGCUACGUGGGGUGUGAGUACGCUCCAAAAGGAGACACUCUGGAAGGUCUGGGCUGGCUGCACUUGUACUGGGAUAGCCGAGGCCUGCAACAUGGUAGGACCAGCAAGGCAGCAGAGUAAAACAAGGAAAACACUGGAAUAAAAGUCAAAGCAAUG